GAUCACCGAGCGGCGCGCCCGGCGAACGUGCAGAAAACAGCCCGGCAAACUGUACUUACUGAAAAAUUCCGGAUUUCAAUGCCGACCAGCACACUUGGCUAAAUUCGUCGUCAACACUUUCGGUAUUCCGUUCUACGCAUUCCCUGUUCCCCAAACGCCAUUUCUGUCACUUUCAUUCGCUGUUCAUCAACCGUAUUGUGACCAACUGUGCAAAGAGUGAAUCCCGCAUUCCGUCUCGUGACGUCAGAGCUGCACACAAUCAACACAAAAAUGGCAUCCUCGUCGAGCAGCAUCAAACGCACCAUUCUAAAUGAAGAUUUGUCGAACGUAGAGUUCGAAACCAGCGAGGAUGUUGAAGUUAUCCCAACCUUCGACAGUAUGGGCCUGCGGGAAGAGCUUUUGCGAGGCAUCUACGCCUACGGCUUCGAGAAACCCUCGGCCAUUCAGCAGAGAAGCAUCAAGCCCAUCGUGAAGGGCCGCGACGUGAUCGCCCAGGCGCAGUCAGGAACAGGCAAAACCGCCACCUUCUCCAUUUCGAUCCUGCAAAGUUUGGACACACAAUUGAGGGAGACGCAGGUGCUAUGUUUGUCGCCCACAAGAGAAUUGGCUGUCCAGAUUCAGAAGGUCAUCUUGGCCCUUGGCGAUUACAUGAACGUGCAGUGCCACGCAUGCAUCGGAGGCACCAACUUGGGAGAAGAUAUCAGAAAACUUGAUUACGGACAGCAUGUAGUUUCCGGAACCCCUGGCAGAGUUUUUGACAUGAUUCGCCGCAGAACACUUCGAACCCGUUCCAUCAAAAUGCUGGUGUUGGACGAAGCCGACGAAAUGUUGAACAAGGGCUUCAAGGAGCAAAUUUAUGAUGUGUACCGAUAUUUGCCUCCUGCAACCCAAGUGUGUCUCAUUUCUGCCACCCUGCCUCACGAGAUUCUCGAAAUGACCAGCAAGUUCAUGACCGACCCCAUCCGUAUCUUGGUCAAACGUGAUGAGUUGACACUCGAAGGCAUCAAACAGUUCUUUGUGGCGGUUGAACGAGAGGAGUGGAAGUUUGACACACUUUGUGAUCUCUAUGACACACUGACCAUCACACAGGCAGUUAUUUUCUGCAAUACAAAGAGGAAGGUGGACUGGUUGACAGAGAAAAUGCGAGAGGCUAACUUCACAGUCAGCUCCAUGCAUGGUGACAUGCCGCAAAAGGAGCGAGACAGCAUCAUGAAGGAGUUCAGGUCGGGCACAAGCCGUGUCCUCAUCACCACAGAUGUCUGGGCCCGUGGUAUUGACGUCCAGCAGGUGUCCUUGGUCAUCAACUAUGAUCUGCCCAACAACCGUGAAUUGUACAUUCACAGAAUUGGUCGCUCUGGUCGUUUUGGACGCAAGGGUGUGGCCAUCAACUUUGUCAAGACGGACGACAUCAGAAUCUUGAGAGACAUUGAACAGUACUACUCUACACAGAUUGAUGAAAUGCCAAUGAAUGUGGCUGAUUUGAUUUAAUUCAACCGACCAAAGGAGUGCAAAGGAGGAGAAAACUAAAGUACUGCAGUUUUGUGUCAAUGACUUUUCACUUGUCCUGUAAGGAGAACAGCAUAAUAAUGAUUCUGUAUAAUGUAUUUAUCUGUAAUGCAAAAUUUUCAGCAUUUCCUCAAAAAUGCUUUAAAUUAAAUAAACUAAAAUCUUGAUAAAUAAAGUUGUCUUUUAGAUAAA